UCAGCUCGCGCGUGUCUUCCACCGACUCUUUUCUCUUUGCCGGCAUCCCCUCUUCUCUUCUCCUCACGUUCCGAGUGCUCCUGGUGGAUAUCAUCUAUCGAUGCUCGGAAACUGUCUCGAUAACACCAAACAGUAAUACUGGAAAACUAAUUUUGAUUCAACACUUGGUGGCCAAUUCGUCAUCAUGGCAAGGUGGAAUCGCCUAAUCACUUGGGGCCUUCUCUUAAUCUUCCUUCAAGUGGCUGUUGCUCAAGCCUUCGUACCCGCGAGACGUCAAGAGAGCGGUACUACAACAGCAGCCAUUGCCUCUUCUACUUUAUCACGAAGCGCACAAGAUGCUGAAACUACCACAUCACCGGCCUCUUCAACAAGGACAACGGCAGUCGCUACUACCGAGUCGUCUUCUGUUUCUGCCACGCUCUCUAGUCCCCCAAUCAUCCCAACGAGCGGCAGUACCUCUGGCAACUCAAGUCUUGACAACUCUACCAUAACGGAAGGAGAGCUACCUAUUGAGCCAAAGGUUACACCAGGUUGGGCCGUAGCUGGCGUCAUCUUGCUCUGCACUGGGGUCAUUUACAACUUGAUUGGCAUCAAAAACACAAUCUUGCAUAAUGCCUUCUCCGUUGCGUACGUCGUCAGCUUGGGUAUCACAGUCUUGGUCGUUUACGUCAUGGUCAUCCCAGUGUCCAAUGGAUCCCAAGGAGCGUAUGUCGUCGCAGCAGUCCUACCGGCCGCUGCAGUCGGCGUCCUCGCUUCCUGGUUCUUCAAGGAAAUUACGGAAUGCCUCGGAUGUGCUCUUGGCGGGUUCUGCCUGUCAAUGUGGCUGCUUUGCCUCCACGAGGGCGGCCUGCUCACGGGGAUUGGCAAAGUCAUUUUCAUCAUUGCCUUCUCCCUAGUGGGCUUCGCAUCGUACUUCACCCGAUGGACCCGGGAUUGGGCGCUCAUGUCUACAAUUGCCUUCAGUGGUGCUACGGCAACUGUCCUCGGAAUCGAUUGCUUUAGCCGGGCCGGCCUGAAGGAAUUCUGGGCGUACAUCUGGGAUCUGAACGACAACCUGUUUCCCCAAGACACCAACACAUACCCGCUGACCAAGGGCAUUCGCGUUGAGGUCGCCGCUGUAAUUGUAAUUUUCAUCAUCGGCAUUAUUUCUCAAAAGAGGCUGUGGAACGUCAUCAAAGAUCGACGGACGAAGCGGGAAGAGGAGUUGGCCGAGGCUCAGCGUGCCCGUGAUGACGAAGAGGCCAACAUUGGAAGGGAGCUUGAGGCUCGCACCGCUUUGGAGCGACAAGCGUGGGAAAGAGUACACGGAGAUUACGUACCGGACAGCGAUGACCACGACUCCGGCUUUGCUCGUGAUAGCGAGAGCGAGAAGGCUAUUCGAUACAGUCAGAGCACCGCUACCCCUCGACCACGCGCCCCUCCCGUGGCAGAAAUGCAAGGAUCAGAUGUUCCUCCUACUGUUCCCCCAAAGCCAGAAUCUCCAGGUUUGAUGGUCUCUGAAAAGGAGAAAGACGUCGUCGUAACAGUACGCGUCGCUCCGGAUGAGACUCAAACAGGAGCCGUUGCUGCGGACAAUGCUAUUGGCCAGACGGAAGAAGUCCCCGACGACACCGAUGUUGUCCAGAGCGUACAAGAGGUGGCACCAGUUCCUGAAGUGGUACCUCUGCCAUUCAGAUUCCCAGAUGAGGAGGCUCUGGCCAGAGACAGGGAGGAACGAUCUACUAUUGCAACCUUUGCCGAUGAUGACGAGGAGGUUCAGGCAGGCGUCGGCAGCAAGCGGAGUUCCUUUGCGAAGCGUCUUUCCCAAAGCUCGGUACAGCUGAUGCGGAGGGUUUCCCAGCGAACAUCGAAGUCGCAUCGUAAGGACGAUGGCGAUGAGGAGCUGGCGGUUCUUCAGCGGCCAAGGGAUGACGACGCCGUUUCACUUGCAGCAACCGUUGACACUCAGAGCGACAGCGGCGCCGGAACUGUGAACGGUGAGCAUCGGCGCAGUAUUGAGAUCAACGCACAACUAUCUGGAGAGCAAAAGUCAAUCACUAAGCCGGACACUACUACAUCAGCAUCGGCAUCUCGACGAAGCGUCACCGAUGGGGAUUCUGUUAGACCGGUGUCAGCUAUGACAGCUGUCACUGACGUGCCAGUUCAGUCUCUGGCCAAGGAUGUCACUUCUGCUGCUAUUGAAGAGAGGGCACCGGAGAAGACCACUUUAGUUGGUGAUGUCGCCCGGGAAGACAGGUCACUCAAGCAGUCAGAGUCGAACGAGAGUCAACAACCCCCCGCCCCUUCUCAGCAAGCCAAGUCAACAGCCUCGCUUCAUUCCACGCCCCUGAAUCUUACCCAAGAGCGUCUGCCACCCAGCUUCUCCAACGUUGCGCUUCACUAUCGCACAAACGAAUGGGCUAAGCACCUGGGCCACGCGGACGUACCCGAGCCCGAGACCUUGAAGGUUGGAGACGAUAGACCGCAGACCCGAGAGGCACCAGCUCCUGUGCACGUCGAGGAGCUUCAGCAGACCGCCUUAUCCGCCACGCCCGCGCCUGCACCGGCUCCUUCGAGAUCGCCCGCUCCUGUCGCGACACCUCCGCCGGCCUUGACCCGACCCAAGUCAACUCAGUCGCCGAACCGCGGCCACUCAAGGAACAACUCCUAUCAGUCACAUCGCCGUGCAUCGAGCAAAACACAGUUCGAACCGAUUGCUGAAGAAGAACAACAGGCGCUCUCUCUCGCUGCAAGCACCAAGAGCGGCGCCCCUGGCAUCGCUCCCUCAGCAACAAGCCCAGCUGCCUUUAUUCCCCCGCCGCCACCACCCGGUAUCAUGUCUUACGACAGCCCUCAGAGCUUGAUCGCACAAAGAAGCGUCGCUCUGCGUAAUAAGACAUACGGAAUCUUGACUGGCGCCAACAACAUGCCCGAGAUCCCCGCCGCGUCCAACAGAACACACAGCGAAUCCGGUUCCAUGUACAACUACCCCGUCUACCCACCGCAGAUGCCGCCAGCCUCUCUGGACGACCUCCCAUUGAGCCAACGCAAGGAAUUAAUCCGUCGCCAGAGCAGCAUCGGCACGAUGCGAUCCUCCCUCGAAGGCUCCAGAUCAGCCAGCGGCUCCUACGUACCCAGCAUGUCCGCCGAGAACGUCGCCUUCGAUUCCCACCAGCCCAUGCGCUACUCCAACGUCCCCUCGCAAGAUGCGCGCGACGCCAGGCUCGCCAGCUUCCGUGACUCUGUCCGCGCCGAUCUGCGCGCCGGCACUGCGUCCCCCGCGCCCGCCGCCAACGGCCGCGAUAUGACGCUGAGCAUGUACCGCUCGCCGAGCGCAUCGAAUUUGGCAGCCAGCCAGGCUGCCGCGCGGGAGGCUGAGGUGCAGAGGAAUAUCGAUCUGCAGCGGAGCUUCAUGAUGAGCCAGAAGGAGGCGGAGGCGAAGCGCAAGGAGAAGGCGAGGAUCGAUAAGGAGAGGUCGGAUCAGGCUUUCACACGGAGCAUGCAGAGUGGAGAGAUGUUUGAGUUGCAUCGUGAGGCGAUGCGUAGGAUGCAAAACCAAGCUAGGAAUGCUUGAGGGUGGUUGCAUGGCUUUUGAUACUUUCUUAUUCUUUCUUUACUUCCUCUUACACAACAUUGGUAGAUACCCUGGUUUGGAGAAAUAUGGUUACGUUACAGAGGUUGGGGGGAAACAUUGGGAAAACAGCACGUCGGAAAAUGGGUCAAGGAUACAGCAUGAUUAAGAAGAUGGGAAAUUACUUCUCUAGAUGACGGGAUAUGAGGUUAGGAGAUGGGAGAUGGUGUAUGACGGACGAGAAAGAGACUGAGGCGGGACAACAUUACCGCUGUUAUUAGUCGUA